AAGAAUUUGGAAUCUCUUCACCAACAUUGUGUUUAUUCUUCUUAUUGAUUCUGCUCAUAUGUGUCCUUUUUUUUGUUUCUAAUUAAAGGGCUCCUGGGUUUUCAGAAGUUUUUUGUGGGGUUCUGGGGUUGGUUUGGUGUCAAAUUAAUCUUUUUUGAAUGAGAGGCAAGUAAUGAAACUCAAGGGAAAAGAAUGGUGGGUAAAGUUACAACUCUCAAUUUGGGAUGCUGUGGAUCAUUUGAAAGUUAAAUCUGAGAAGGAUGGUGAACUUACAUGUAUUUUGCAAGAAAUUAGGGCUUUAAUUUCUCGCCUUUGGAAGUUAUUUGUAUCUCUUAGAGAAUAUGUGGACAAAAUGUUAACUCUGUAGUUGAAACAAAGAUUUGUGCUUAUUGGCUGGCUUUUUGUGUGUAGGAUGCACUGGAUAUAGCUACUUGACUCGGAUUGAGGUUAAGGAAUGAGGAUGGCUGUCUUUCUUGCAAUGAAGAUAUGCCCCCCAAUGAUUCCUAAACCAAUUGAGAAAAACUCGUAUAUUCAUGAAUGUGUCACAUUGUGCUACCUUCACAAGAAUCUCCAUCUAGUCGGCGCCAUGUUUUAGUAGGUAGUGGUGCUUCACUGGUGGCCAUUCUAACUUUCAAUGGUGGCUUUUCGCCAUUGCCAGUAUGGGCUGAAGAUGAGUCAAAUGGCCAAGAAGAUGAUGAAAAAGGUGUUGUUGGGGCCAUUAAGUCAUUGUUUGAUCCUAAUGAGAAAAUAAAAUCAGGAAAAGUGUUACCAAAGGCUUACUUGAAUUCAGCAAGGGAGGUUGUGAAGACACUACGAGAGUCAUUAAAGGAAGACCCUAAGGAUAUUGCUAAAUUUAGACGAACUGCAGAUGCAGCAAAGGAGUCAAUCCGAGAGUAUUUGAGCAGUUGGAGAGGGAAGCAGACAGUAGUCAGCGAGGAAUCGUAUGCUAUGCUAGAGAAAGCAAUCAGGUCUUUAGCCAGCUUCUACUCAAAGGCAGGCCCAUCUGCUGCACUCCCAGAAGAGGUCAAGUCUGAAAUAUUGGAUGAUUUAAACACAGCUGAAGAAUUUUUGUAGCCUGAGUUUCUUGCCAUGAGAUGCAUAGUUGCAUUAAGUCCACAACAGUCAAGGAUGGCAAAUCUAGCCUGCUAUACUUCGAUGUAUCUACUCUGUAUCAAAUUAAAAAUUUCCACUGCUUUGUUUCAAUGGAACUGUUUGUAUCAAUGAGGUCCACAUAUCUUUAUAUAUUUGUAUAUUCAAAAUCA